GGCGGAGCCAAGCGGGGAGGGGCGCGGGUGCCGCGCGCGAGCCGGCGGCAGCCGCAGGAGGAGGGAGCACUCCAAGAUGGCGUCGGCGGGGCCCGAGUCGGGGGGUAGCAGCGGGAGCAGCGGCGGCCUGGCGGAUUUCAGCUUUUUGUGCUGCUCGGUGAUGUCAUUUCGAAGAGGAUCAUCUACUUUCAAAAAAUCACUCACCCCUGAGAUGCCAGGUGGUUCUGGGCAGCCAGGCUCACAGACGAUAAAGAAAGGGCACAGAGGCGUGGACUCCACAGGCGAGACCACCUAUAAAAAGACAACAUCAUCUGCCUUGAAAGGUGCCAUUCAGCUGGGCAUUACACACACAGUUGGAAGCUUGAGCACCAAACCUGAAAGAGACGUUCUCAUGCAAGAUUUCUAUGUAGUAGAAAGUAUUUUCUUCCCAAGUGAAGGGAGUAACCUGACCCCAGCUCAUCACUACAAUGACUUUCGGUUCAAAACCUAUGCUCCAGUGGCCUUUCGCUAUUUCCGGGAGCUCUUUGGGAUCCGACCAGAUGACUAUCUGUACUCGCUCUGCAAUGAGCCACUCAUUGAACUUUCAAACUCUGGGGCCAGUGGAUCCCUCUUCUAUGUAUCCAGUGAUGAUGAGUUUAUCAUCAAAACGGUUCAGCACAAAGAGGCUGAGUUCUUACAGAAGCUGCUGCCUGGCUACUACAUGAAUUUGAACCAGAACCCAAGGACGCUGCUGCCAAAGUUUUAUGGCUUGUACUGUGUCCAGGCUGGAGGCAAAAACAUUCGCAUUGUUGUGAUGAACAAUCUACUGCCGCGCUCCGUCAAAAUGCACCUGAAAUACGACCUGAAGGGCUCCACCUACAAACGCCGAGCAUCCCAGAAGGAGCGGGAGAAGGUCUUCCCAACGUACAAGGACUUGGAUUUUAUGCAGGACAUCCCUGAUGGCCUCUUCUUGGACUCUGACAUGUAUAAUGCUCUGUGCAAAACAUUACAGAGAGACUGUUUGGUCCUGCAGAGCUUUAAAAUCAUGGAUUACAGUUUGCUUGUUGCAAUCCAUAACAUCGAUCUGGCACAAAGAGAGCACGCGAUGGCAGAUGGGACAUCCCAGACUGAUACACGGCGACCCGCUGCCCAGAAAGCCCUCUACUCGACAGCCAUGGAAUCCAUCCAAGGAGAGGCCCGGCGAGGUGGCACCAUAGAAACAGAUGACCAGAUGGGAGGCAUUCCAGCCCGCAACGCAAAGGGCGAGAGGCUGCUGCUGUACAUCGGCAUCAUUGACGUGUUGCAGUCCUACAGAUUUGUCAAGAAGCUGGAGCACUCUUGGAAGGCCCUGGUACAUGAUGGGGACACUGUAUCUGUGCACAGACCCAGCUUCUAUGCUGAAAGGUUCCAACGGUUCAUGUGCAACACAGCGUUCAAGAAAAUACCAUUAAAGCCAUCGCCUUCUAAGAAGAGCCGGUCUGGCACAACAGUUCCUCGGCGGAGCUGUCAAGGAGGAGUGCCUUCCCAGUCACACAUGUCAUGCGAGACAAAAGCACAAGUAACGACAGAGGUGGAUGUAGAGCAAGGUUCCCACCUUGGUCGCCCAGAUCUCCUGCCCAGGACCCUGCCAGUAGACGAAGCUAACAGCGAUUCCAUCGCAACAACCCUGUCCACUUCUUCUUUGGGCAGUGGAGGCCUCAACUCGCCCGCAAAUAGGUCAGUGGGCGUACAAGUGCAUAAAGCUGACAGCUCAGCAAAGGAUUUGACUAGAGCAGCUCCUGGCAUCUUCCUGUCUAGCGGCUCCCCAGGGCCUUCCGUACCUGAGCACUCUGCAGAGAUGAGAGAGCAGCUUGACGACCUGCAAGAGACGGAGAUAAGCUUUUGAAGCAACACCGAAACCACAGCGAUGGAAGCAGAUUGUUCUGUGCUCUGCGUGGUCUGUGGAGUCUGACAAACGUUCAGCCCCUGUUGCUGAUUUAUUAUUUUAUUUUGUUUAAAGUAAUCUUAUCUGGACAGAAACCUAAAAGCUGGAAGGCUGGGCUACACUUAGUGGGAUAGUAUUAACAAAGAUCGAGCCAGCACAGCUGAGCCUUGGACACCUGGAAGUCUCCUUAGAGCAGAGCCCACCACUGUGUCCCUGCUGUCCUUUCUUUGAAGCCUGGCGAGAGCAAAGGCGGCUGUCAGGAGGAGGAGGAGGAGGAACUGCUCUGCGUGGGCUGAAGCCCUCUGGAAAAGGGAUCUGACUUUCAGGGAGUUAGCUGCUUACAAUGCUGACGCCACAGACCUUGCGAGAAUGGGCGACUCGUCGGAGUUACUGGGGGGGAAACGGGCAUUAGAGCCUCGUUGGGGCAGUUUGCGACAGAGCAACGUGGUUUUAUUUUGUAUUUUAAACAAGUUUUUAAUUUAAAUGUUUUUCUGAAUUCAGUCAUAUCACUUCUUUUUAGUCUUGCAAUAUAGUAAUUUUUUUUUUUUCAAUAAGUAGGGUUUUUUUUCCAGUGUUCCACCAGCAAGUAUCCCAUGUGAGAGAGGCAGAGAGGGGGAGCAGAAGCUGUACUGACUGUGGAUGACCUCCUCUCCUCCUCCAGCCGCUCCUGGCUGCCAGAGCCUCCUCCAUUUUCAAUCUUGCAUCGCCCCGAGACAGCAACAAGGAGAGCUAGUUGUUGCUGCGCUGUGUUGCUUGGAGCAUUUCGAAUGUGUGAAGCUUUUAAGACGUCAGGGAGGUUUUGGAUUGCUUUGUCCCUGGUUUUUAAACGACGCCCUUUUGUUCCUUCCCCGCCAAGCAGGGAGUUGCAGGUGAAGGGAGAUCUUUGUAAGGGGCGUGCUUUUUUAAAAGUAUUUCUUAAGCAAAUGGACCAAACCCAGCCUGCUCCGUUCCCUUCCCCUGCCCUCUGUCCUGCUGCGGGCACCAUGUGCAAAACUCUUCCUGUUUUUAUAGCUUGGCUCCCUUUUGAUAUCUCGCCUGUAUCGUAGCCGCUGUUGACACCAGUGUUCCCUGCGGCGUGAAACCAAGGUUCCUACCUAAAUGGGACAGACUUCUGCCUCCACAAAAGUAUGAGGCAUUUUGAGUCCGGUUUUAAACAAAAUAAUAAGCUGAAAGGAGGGAUUGUUCUGCUGCCAUUUCCCUGUGGUGAUGCCUGGCCCAUGCUGGCUGCAGAUGCUUCUCUAGAGAUCUCAGAGCAGAUGUUGGACUGAUCGUUAUUUUUGCUAAAUGCUUUUUUUAAAGAAAUGAAGUGACUCUUCCCCGUGUUCCUGGUGGGUUAGAAUCCUCUGUUCUUUUUUAUAUACAUAAAAAAAAGUAAUUUAAAGCUUGCCCUUGCGAUAAUGCAAGGGGUUUCUAUACUAAUUAGCAAUGAUUGCUAAGGAAACAAAGAAUGUAGUGGUGUAGAAAGGGAUUUUUUUUUUUAGGUGAUAUUUCAGACCCAAGUCUCUUCCCACCUUCCACUUCAACCUUUCCAAGUGGAUGUGACACAAGCUGAUAUUUUUUUAAGAAAAAGCGUGUGGUUUUUUUUUUUAACUUUUUUUUUUUUUUUUUUUUUCCAAAAGACCAAGCAGAAUGGCCUUACUCUGGGUAUCCCCAGGGGGUUGGUGGAGCGUGAGGACAGUCGCUGUUCACAACCUGUUUGGUUCUCAAGGGCUCUCAAACCUUUCAACACCGAUUAAUGUCACGAUGAGACCCGUGAGCGGGAGGAAGAUCGGCUCGGGGAUGCCUGAGCCGUCUCUGCUGGAUCUUCCCGUCUCCCUCCCCUGUACCUCUGACUUGAUCCAGCAGGUUACACUUUAUAGCUGAAGUAACUGUCUAUAUUAGACACUUGUUUCUUAUCUUCCCACCUAACCCAUAUUUGUUUUAUUUUAGCAGGAGGGAAGAAAACAAAGUCUCACUUUUUUUCAUGAUUUAAUAUUUAUGAAGUUGUAUUUAAGUGUUGUUUUUUUUCUUUUCCUGGAGAUAGUUAUUCAGUGAGUGGUGAGGUGGGGUGGGGGGUGGGGUGGCGUUUAUAUAUUGACUUCUGCUUUGUAACGGGUUUUCAGAACUGCUUCUUUUUGUGUGUGUGUGUGUUUCAAAGUGAUGGGCGAUGGGUUUUCAUGUUGUUUUUUUAAACACCUGAGCGGUGUCUCUCCAGUGCGGGGAGGGGACUUCGCUUCUCCGGCCGCACCGGGGAGGGAUCGGGGAGCAGCCGCUGCCGCCGUGACCUCCGGCUCGAUGCCGGGCGAUGGGAUGGAGCGCAGGUGGACGGACCUCUCCUGUCCUGCUCAGCGUCACCAUCGUCACCGUCGGGACUCCCCCUCUGGGAGUGUCACCUGGGAGGGACAGACCUGUCCCCGUCCCCGGGGAACAGCUCGUGCCAUGCGUGACCUCCCCACCUUGUCCUUUUGGCUGUGUAACGCUUGUGGCCUUGUCCGCUGUUGGAACCACGCUGCUGUCUCUUGGACGCGCAAUACACAGUGUGCUGCUGAA